AUGAUGUUUAAACCAAAUGGUCUUAUGCCAUGGGAAAAUGAAAGUGGGAGGGAGGAGGUAUUUGAUUGUAUGAGAAAGGGAGAAAUUGCAGCUAGAUUAAGGAAAUUGUCUUUCUAUCCAAAUGGGAAUAAGAAAAGAAAGGGGAAAGAUCAGUACAUUUCACUAUACCUCGCAGUAUCCGACACAGCUAAUCUUCCUUCUGAUUGGGAGAUCAUUGCGAACUUUAAAUUAUUCGUCUUUGAUCAUUUACGUGACAAGUACUUAACUGUCGAAGAUGCUGAACCAGUGAGGCGUUUCCAUGGGAAUAAGACAGAAUGGGGUUUUGAGAAAUUUCUCUCUCUCAAGAAGUUCCAAAAUCUAUCAAACGGGUACGUCAUCAAUGACACCUGUGUAUUUGGAGCAGAGGUUUUCGUUAUGAAAUAUUCAGGCAAAGGCGAGUGUCUGUCCAUGACAAAGUUACUAAGUAACAAAAUGUGUCUGUCCAUGACAAAUUUACUAAGUAACAAAAUUUACACUUGGAAGGUUGACAAAUUUUCAGAUUUAAUUGAAGAAUAUCUACGCUCCAACGAGUUUAAGAUUGGAGGGCGGAGCUGCUGUGUCAUUUCCCAUUCAAUAACUGCGGAUGAAGUAUCGGUUCCACCUACAAACAUAUCCUACAAGAAACAAAAUAUUGUAGUGAGUGUCUGUUUUCAUUGCUCACAAGCCGACUGGGGUCUCAGGCGGUUCAUGUUGCUAAGUGAUCUCCAUGACGAUUCAAAAGGUUUCUUAGUGAAUGAUUAA